AUGACUUGGGUGCGCGAUUGGCUCUUUUUUGGCGCCGCAUGGUGUCAUUUCGUCGCCGCUGCCACUGAUGCGCCAGCCAUUCGUGGCUGCGAUGGGACAAGUCACUUUGGCCCACCAUUCAACGCAACUGGCACAGUCUCCUUCGUCACAGAGAGCUUCACUCACAACAAUGGCAAGCCAUGGUAUCUGUCAGUCGGUCUAAAGGACAGGCGUGACAAAAACGCCGCCUACCCGGGUGUGCAGACUGUCACCGGCUAUGUCAGUCUACCUGACGACUAUGUCCGCAGUGCCAAGACCAACACAACGCAAAUGUGUGUGUACCACUUGGGACAACGAAACUCGACAGCCUCGCCGGAUGGCUCAUGCCAGGGGGUUGUUGACGACGCUUGCGCCAAAUUUAUUCACAAUUUUCAGGAGUCGCCAUCCUUUUCGAAUGGAGAAUGUCCCGCGUUGCCUGACGAUGAUGUUUGUGGAAGCAACGUCUUCCAAUUGGACACUCCAAUUACGCCGAUACGCAGUAAUUGCUCAACCAGCGUGCAGCCUGCGUUGGCUGGGCUACCCGACACGUACAACACCCAGCCAAUCUUUGACUUGGCGUUGCCUUACGGAGACAGCAAGGUCGACGAUUUUACUGCCUAUGACUUGCGCGUACGCCAGUCGAAUCCUGUGCUGCUCAUUUUUGGCGCCAAGCAAGACCAAGAUCAGGGCAAGGUUGUCAUGUAUGAUAGCAAGUUGCUGUGUGUGGCGCCGGUCAAUGUGACGGCCGGAAGCCAUGUUUCCAAGUCUUUGGCCGUUCAAACACGAGUACCAAUGGCGUUGCUUUUAAUGAUCGCUGUCAUGACCCUUUUUGGGCCAUUUCUUUGUUGA